AUGGGCCCUGAUUUACUUCUUCUUCUGUUGACAUCGGGAAGAGAUCCUGGUAUAAUUCCACGCAAUGCACACCCUCCAGAGCCAGAAGGCUUUGAUGGGAGUGUAGAUGUUGGGGCUGGCCAAACUCCACAGUUACGUUUGCCUCGUGUGAAGGAAGUGGAGGUCAAUGGGGUCACGAUGAAGAUUAAAUAUUGUGAUACUUGCAUGCUUUAUAGACCUCCUCGCUGCUCACACUGCUCAAUUUGCAAUAACUGUGUGGAACGUUUUGAUCACCACUGCCCUUGGGUUGGGCAAUGUAUUGGGCUGAGGAAUUAUCGAUUUUUCUUCAUAUUUGUCUUCUCGACUACCCUUCUUUGUAUAUAUGUUUUCGCAUUUUGCUGGAUCUACAUCAGGAGGAUAAUGGAUUCGGAGGAGACAACAAUUUGGAGAGCCAUGAUCAAAACCCCUGCAUCAAUCGUUCUAAUAGUUUACACUUUCAUAUCUAUGUGGUUUGUUGGUGGCCUUACUGCCUUUCAUUUAUAUCUCAUUAGUACAAAUCAGACUACUUAUGAGAAUUUUAGAUACCGAUAUGAUCGGAGAAUCAACCCCUAUAACAAAGGGUUGAUGGGAAACUUCAAUGAAAUAUUUUUUUCAAGCAUACCCUCGUCAAAGAACAAUUUCAGAGCAAAGGUGCCAAGGGAACCUGGGUUACCAGUUCGACCAGUGGGUGGGGGUUUUAUGAGUCCAAAUAUGGGCAAAGCUGUGGAUGACAUCGAAAUGGGUAGGAAAACAGUGUGGGGAGAUAUUGGCCCUGGGGCUGAUCUCUCUGAAGGGCAACUUAACAACAACGAUCGAGUAAAUGUUAAAGAUGGUGAACUAGCUGAAUUGUCCCCAGACAUAAGGACCACGGUGGAAGAAGGGGAGCGUGCUGGAAUACAUCCUAGGCGAUCUAGUUGGGGAAGAAAGAGUGGAAGCUGGGACAUGUCACCUGAAGUUCUUGCUUUGGCUGCUAGAGUGGGGGAAUCAAACCGUGCAGGUGGGAGUUGUAGUAAUGGCAGCAACUUGACGACUGAGAAUAGACAGACAUAGCCAGAGCUGUGACAGAAGAUGGAUUGUAGGAAUGGAAGUAAUCUGGUUUGGUGGUUUUAAGAGUUGCAAUCUUGGAGGUUUCCUCAUUCAUCUUUAUUUAAAUUCCAUGAGUAUCAUAUCAGUUGCAGAAUGCAAUACGGAAGAGGUUUGUUUUGGCAGGGUGUUUGAAAGUGUUGGUUUGGCCAUUAUGGUUUUUAAGAAGAAAUGGUGUGUGUUGUAUGAGUGAGCUUUCUUUGUCCUGAUUUUGUAUUUGUGGAAUUAGUUAGUAUCUAACUGUAUUGAAUAUGUGGAUUCAGUCAGUGACAUUAGAUAUCUUUCCCUCUC